AUGCCUGAAGGUACUGAACCAACUAGGAAGGCGCUUCUAAACACGAAGUUUGAUCUUUCUGCUUUUGUUACAAUCUUAUUUGAUGUUGUAUUUCUUAGUUCAGCAGUCUUACGAUUAUUUCAAGUUGCAUGUGCAAAAAAAGCAGAAAUGCAUCAGAAAGUUCAGAUUCGUAUGCAUGUCAUCAAAUAUAUUGAUUUCGUACCAAACAUGCAAUAG